CAUGGAGAAGCUUUAGAUGGUGAGAUCUUGGACUUCGAGCUGAUGCCACAGUGAGAUGAGCAUCUGAGAUGAGCAUCGAAGGAGUGGAGCAGAGAGAAAGUGACUCCCCAGGACGUCUAUGAAUACAUCCCAAUUUCCGCACUUGGGGAAUUCGGAGGCAGUACAGACGCACUCCCUUCGCGGUGAUAUUUACCUGGAAACGCGAAUGAGGCAGAUGUCAGACCCACGGAGAGAGCACACAGGUAUAUAAAGACCAGGGAGAGCGAAGGGGACAAGCGGCGGAGGAGAAAGAGGGGGAAGCGAAGUGGCCGAGGGAGGCCGCUGAGCACCUUCGCCCUCAGGGAGCAGCUUCUCCGCAACAGAGUCCCAGCCUUCUCAGAAGAUGCGGAGAUUGUGCUACAGCCGCCCGGGGGCCCUCCUGCUGGCCUUGCUGCUUCAGGUCUCCAUGGAAGUGCGUGGCUGGUGCCUUGAGAGCAGCCAGUGUCGGGACCUCACCACGGAAAGCAGACCGCUGGAGUGCAUCUGGGCCUGCAAGCCCCAGCUCUCCGCCGAGACCCCCGUCUUCCCCGGCAACGGCGAAGAGCAGCCGCUGACCGAGAAUCCCCGGAAGUACGUCAUGGGCCACUUCCGCUGGGACCGCUUCGGCCGCCGGAACAGCAGCAGCGGCGGCGGCGGCGUGGGGCAGAAGCGCGAAGACGAGGUCGGCUUCCGGUGGGGCAAGCCGGUGGGCAAGAAGCGGCGCCCCGUGAAGGUGUACCCCAACGGCGCCGAGGACGAGUCGGCCGAGGCCUUCCCCGUCGAGUUCAAGAGGGAUCUGGCGGGCGAGCGGCCCGAGGCGGCCCCCAGCCCCGACGGCCUGGACGAAGGCGCGGCGGCGCAGGCCGACCUGGAGUACGGCCUGGUGGCGGAGGCAGAGAAGAAGGACGAGGGGCCCUAUCGGAUGGAGCACUUCCGCUGGGGCAGCCCGCCCAAGGACAAGCGCUACGGAGGCUUCAUGACGUCCGAGAAGAGCCAGACGCCCCUGGUGACGCUGUUCAGAAAUGCCAUCAUCAAGAACGCCCACAAAAAGGGCCAGUGAGGCGCCGCAGGACCCGGGGUCUUCUCCCCCCCGGGGAAGGCGUCCCUGAAGACCCCUCUCAUUUGCCCCCCUGCCGCCUCCCAGCCUGAGUGUGCUACUCACUCAGGUCCUUGGAAGCGGCAGAUAC